AUGGUCUGGCUCUUGUCAACACCAUUUUUCACAAUCGCCGCCAGCUGGACAUUUGCCCACUAUUUCUACGACUAUGGAUCCCACCAAGGAUGGUUCCAUGGCGGGUCUCACAAGCACGUUCCACAGUAUCUAGAAUUCGAGGAGGCGUUUCCUUCUUUUCAGGUUCCAGACUCUCAACCGCCACCCAGUCGCACCGGCGGCUGGCUUGGCUGGGGAGCUGACUUGUACAACAACCGGUGGGCUGCACCCGAUGCCAUUGUGAGCUCGACGAAUGUGGAGUCUCUGGAGCUUGUUUGCGAGCAGCAAUACAAUCCUGGAGUUAGCGCGGCACCCCUAAUCCAAGACGGAGUUGCUUACUAUCCUACAUGGAGUGGACUCCUUGUGGCUCUGGAUUAUCAACGAUGCAAAGUGUUAUGGGAGACGAAUAUCACAAAGAUAAUUCUCAAGUACAAGCCUCUGGAUCCUAUACAACUAGGCAUUGUCGUUCCAAUCUCGAGAUCUACCCCGGCUGCUGAUGGCAACGUCCUAUAUAUCGGGACACUUGCCCACGCACUGGUUCUGACUUUGGACAAAUCAAAUGGAAAACUCAUUGACUCACUGCAGCUGAGUGAUCAUCCGUUCGCUAGUCUUACACAGUCACCAACCGUGUAUAAGGGCAAGAUCUACUAUGGGGUUUCGAGCCUAGAGGAAGGUGCCGCGGAUUUGAUCGAGGACUACCCAUGCUGUUCGUUCAUCGGCACCAUGAACGCGGCCACUUUACGCCACGGCAGGUUACGUCUUGUAUGGACACAAGCAAUGAUUCCUUCUGGUGUCAACUUCAGCGGCUCAGCGAUUUGGGGAUCUCAGCCUGCCAUUGACCCUAUCCGGAACCAGGUCUUCAUUGCAACGGGGAAUACGUACCAGCUUCCAGACGCUUUUGAGCAGUGCCAAAAUGCAACUGCAAACAUUACAGUGAUCCAGCAAGGGCUCACAACUGAUCCAUGUCUGCCUCGCAACGUGUUCCAGGAGGCCGUCCUCGCACAUGACCUGGACACAGGCAGAAUCAACUGGGUGCGACAGCUGAGCCCCCUGGAUGCGUGGAAUGUGGCGUGCUUGGACGGUGUUCUUUUCCCACCGACUGGAAAUACAGAGCAAUGCCCCGAUACGCCUGGCCCCGACGCGGAUUUUGGCAUGGCUCCUACUUUCGUUCUUGGCUCGGAAUACACUCCCGACGGGCUCGACAUUGUUGUGGUUGGACAAAAGAAUGGGAAUCUAUACGGUAUGAGUGCGACAUCGGGGACACUUCUCUGGGCAACCGUCACAUCUCCAGACGGCUUCGAAGGUGGUCUCAUCUGGGGCAUGGCAGUGGACGAUCAGGCAAUCUAUUACACUGCUGUGAAUAGCGAGCGCAAGAACUAUACGCUCCCCGGCGGUGAUGGCAAGACGACCAUUUCCAACAGCGCAUUUGGAGCUGCUAGGCUCAAAGAUGGCCAGAUCAUCUGGCAGACUGCCUCUCCGCGGGACACCAUGUCACUCGUAACUCCCUCUGUUGCGAACGACAUAGUACUCACGGGCUCCACAGGUGCCAUCAACGGCACCUCGCCUUUCCCCGUUGGCCCCGGCAGCCUAGUUGCUCUGAACAAGCACACUGGUCAGGUCGUGGCGGAGGUCAUCCUGGACUCUUACUUCCAGGGUGGAAUAGCGCCUGUCCAUGACUAUGUCAUGUAUGGAACUGGAUAUGCCGGCCUUCAUCCCGCUGCUGCCGGCACGUUUCAAGUACGGAAAAUCAAAUCCCAACAGGCCUCAGCGAAGAAGAGCACGAAUGACACCCAGUCAAAGAUGGAGCUUUGA